AUGUGGUUACCGACACGAGUACGACGGCCAGGGGUCCUCGUCGCGUGCGCUCAGCGAAUCAUGAGCGGGAACCGCAAUAAUAACUGGGGCUGCUACCCGUUUCUAUCCUGGUCGUCGAGGGUUCGUCGGAUGUCCGACUUCAAGCAGCCUCCGACCGCCAACCAAGACAGCCUUGGGGAUGGAAAGGUUUUAUCCCAGAUGCACAACGCGGGAGGCAGAUUGCGUUUAGUCAAAAGCUGGGGCGGGACGAGCAAGAUCCGGCUUCCGAAGAGACCAUUGAUUGGCGACCGCUCGGAUGCUAAAGGAAUUGUUUCCGAAUUUCUCGGCUUGACUUGCCUAGAACUCAGAGCCCAUAUUGGUCCCGAAUACGAUAGACGUCGUAAAUUGUUUCCGGUAACACAGAAGCGAAAAGGGUUGAUCUGGUACCCCCACCAUCGCGGACGGGACGAAGGCCAAUCCUGACCUGCCAACAUUCUCACCAGCAUAUGAAUGGGGCAGUCGACACGCAUGUGAGGUGAUCCGAGAUCCGGGACAUUAUUGGAUGACAGGACAAUCGGAUUGUAUUUAUGGCCGCUAUCCCUGGAUAAACAUUUUUCUGUGGAUUUGUAUGCAUUAUUUCUAAUCUCGGACGGAAGUAAGAACUACGAAAGUCGUUGCAAUCUUUGGCAACCCUUCUCCUCUAUCCUAUACGAAUGAGAUGAGCAAGACAAACACCGACAUGAUCCAUUAAAGUUACCAAAACCCACUCUAAGAAACAUUAAUUCAUUACAAGUC